UUUUUUUUUUUCUCUCUUCUGGAUUGCACAACAUCAACGCUGCUGGGUUCUCUGUCUCUCCCAGUCCUCCACUCAGACCAGUUAAAGGGAGAUCACUGGACCUGCCGCAGCGGAGAGGAACUACUUUAUCCUGACGCAGGAAUGAAGAGAGCUGCGGUGUUUCUGAUCGCAGUCUACGCCACAGCGCCUGUCAUCUUCCGCCUAUUCCCAUGGAUAAUGGGCCAUGUCAUCUUUUGUCACUUGUUAAGGCUUCCAUAUUUCGUGGACCUUGGCAGACCUGAAGCCGUGCUGAACCACACAUGCAACUUCUACCUCAACACAGAGGAGGGCGUCUCAGUGGGUGUCUGGCAUACACUCCCUGCCAGCCAAUGGGACGAGGCCAUGGGGAGAAGCCCUGAGUGGUACCGGGAAACUCUGGGAGACGGUCGCCCUGUUAUUAUCUAUCUCCAUGGCAACGCAGGGACCAGGGCCAAACAUCAGAGAGUGGAACUGAUGAAGAUUUUAAGUGCGGCAGGGUAUCAUGUCUUAUCUUUAGACUACAGAGGUUUUGGAGACUCCACUGGGGAGCCAACUGAAGCCGGGAUGACCAGUGACGCCCUCUUCCUGUACCACUGGGUGAAGAAACGAAGCAGAGGAGGUCCUGUGGUGCUGUGGGGACACUCAAUAGGCUCUGGAGUGGCAACCAAUACUGCAGUGAAAAUCCAGGAACAAGGGUCUGCUGUUGAUGCUUUAAUCCUUGAAGCUCCAUUCACAACUAUUGGAGAAGUAGUAGUCAACUAUCCGAUCGCUAAGAUAUACACGUUCUUCCCAGGAUUUGACCGCUUGCUUAGGAACCUAGUGGAAAUGAACAACAUUGUGUUUGCUAGCGAUAAAAAUGUGAAGACCCUGACCAGCCCUCUUCUCAUCCUGCAUUCAGAGGAUGAUGAUGUUGUACCUUAUCGCAUGGGUCUGAAGCUGUACGAGAUAUCACUCCAGGCCAAGAAGGAAUCUAACACGGAUGUUCAGGUUGAAAUGAUCUCCUACAGUGCAAAUCUUGGAUUCUCCCACAACAACAUCUACUUAGAUCCCAAUCUGCCAAAUGUGGUUGGGAAAUUUCUACAAAACCUGAGACAGUAGAUGGUCUUUUCCUCCUCCAGAGACGUAAAAAAAAUAGCUUCCAACAUUCAUAUUUAUUUUUU